AAUUGAAGUAUGCGCUGAAGAUGUCACCUAGUAGUGUGAUGAAAGCUUCGCAAAUUAAUUAUCCAGCUCAGAGAACACAACCACAUCAAAAUCAUCCACCUGAGCUACAAAAUCUUCUCUAUCAUAUCACUGACGAUUUAAUCAUAGCACGCGUAAACUGAAUUUGUACGUCAACACACAGCAUACACAUUCAUUAUAAUUACUUUCGAAAAUUUCGACACCAUGAUCAUCAUCAUCGUCUUAUCUAUCUACUGAAGUUUUUCUUCUUUUCUUCUUUCAGUUUCAUCUAGUGUUAAUACAAAUUCACAGAAUAAUAAUAAUAAUAGGAUCAUGUCACCAACAGGACCAGGUCUAUCGAGAUCGUCAUCAUUAUACUAUAAUGAAAUCAAUAAUCCUAUACACUUACAACGUUCAGCGAACAGUAUGGCCAGUAGUAGUAGUAAUAAUAACAUCCAUAAUAAUAAUAAUAAUAAUAAUAAUAAUAAUAAUAAUAAUAAUAGUAAUACUUGUCAAUCUUCUACAAUAAUGAUGAACAAUCCAUUGAAAAAUUUAGGUGAUAAUAAUAAUAUCUCUACUACUAACAAUGUUGGAUUGGAUGCAGACUCUACACAUUUCAAUAAUCCAAUUUAUAUUCUGCAUACAGAGAAAUAUCCUGA